UCCUACCAAACCUCCGCGAAAGGGUGUGCGUUUUGAAGGUUGUAUGAAGCUAAACGAACCUCCGCAGACAAGAAGAGCAGUCGCCUCUUUAGCUUUGACAGCAGCAACCCGGGACAAGCCUCUUAAAGCCGGGGCGGAGAGAGAAAGUCCUCCUCCUUCAUCAUCCUCCACUCUGGGCUGAGAGCCCCCCCACCCCACAGAACAAGGACCAAGGUCUUGUCCUCUCCUGGGAGACACAGCGUGGAUUGCCGCAUCACACGGAGACAUUUCAAAUCAAAAAGUUGCUACAUAUAGAAUGCGCGUGAGAAUGCAAUGUUGCAACAUUGUAUCUUCUCUUCAAGGUCAGUCUCUGAGCGCCGCGGCUGCUUCACGGACCUGUGUUUUAUCUCGGAGAGUCGGAGGGGAGAAGAGGUGUGGAGCGGGAUGCAGGCUGUGUCUCCAGCGUCAACAAUGACAUCUUUCACCGAGGAGGACAUUGAUAGUCACUGACACAGAAACUUGUGGAACACUGCUGCUCGGUUUGCUUGUUUCUUGUCUGUAAAAAGGAAACUCUUUUAGGCAUCUUGUCGUUUCCUGCUUUGCCUCCCUCGGCCUGUGCGUCGGUGCGUCUGUUUACCUGGCGACAAGUUUCUUGAAGCAGAGUUUUUUACCAACUAUUCUCCAAAUUAAAUUGCCCAUUUGUUUGUUCAACAUCAUGCCUUCUUCAAGGACAGGUAGUAGUGUGAGUAGUAUACCGGAGCGAGGUCUGCUCUUGCUGCUGGUGUUGGUGUUACUGGAGGGCUCUGUGUUUCCUCUCGGAGCUUCCAGCUCUCCGGAUACCAGCCAACCGGAGGAUACGGACAACCACAAAAUCUCCAUGAACGAAAAACACAACAUCACUAAAAAGGCUUUCCCCGUGCUCGACCUCGACUACCAUCACAUACACGUGCCCUUUGAGGUCUCACUAUGGGUGCUGCUGGCCUCCUUAAUGAAAUUAGGGUUCCACCUGAUUCCUCGUCUGUCCGGUAUUGUGCCAGAGAGCUGCCUGUUGAUUACGGUGGGUCUGCUGGUGGGGGGGCUCAUCAAACUGGCUGGAGAAGAUGUCCCCCCAGUGCUGGACUCUAAAUUGUUCUUCCUCUGCCUACUGCCGCCCAUCAUUCUGGACGCUGGCUACUUCCUGCCCAUCCGUCCCUUCAUGGAGAACCUGGGCACCAUCCUGAUGUUCGCUGUCGUAGGGACCUUGUGGAAUGCCUUCUUCAUCGGGGGUCUGCUAUACGCCGUGUGUCAGAUCCAGCCGGCCAAUCCAAGCAGCCUUCACCAGCUAGAGCUCCUGCCCUGUCUGCUGUUCGGCUCCAUCGUCUCAGCUGUGGAUCCUGUUGCUGUGCUAGCUGUGUUUGAGGAGAUCCACAUCAAUGAACUGCUGCACAUCCUGGUGUUUGGCGAAUCACUGCUCAACGAUGCCGUCACUGUGGUGUUAUACCACCUGUUUGAGGAGUAUUCAGGUGCUGGCACAGUGACGGUGUUGGACUGUUUCCUGGGAAUCAUCUCCUUCCUGGUGGUUGCGUUGGGUGGCAUUCUAGUGGGAGCUAUCUAUGGGAUCCUGGCCGCCUUCACCUCACGCUUCACCUCCCACACGCGUGUCAUAGAGCCACUUUUUGUCUUUGUGUACAGCUACAUGGCCUACCUGUCAGCUGAGAUGUUCCACCUCUCUGGCAUCAUGGCGUUAAUAGCAUGUGGAGCAGUGAUGCGGCCCUAUGUGGAGGCCAACAUAUCUCACAAGUCCCACACCACCAUCAAGUACUUCCUAAAAAUGUGGAGCAGCGUCAGCGAGACUCUAAUCUUCAUCUUUCUCGGUGUGGCCACGGUGGACGGACCUCACGACUGGAACUGGACCUUCGUCACCGUCACUGUCAUUCUGUGUCUGGUGGCACGGGUCAUAGGUGUAGUUGGUCUGACCUUCAUCAUCAACAAGUUCCGCAUCGUCAAGCUGACGACCAAGGACCAGUUCAUUGUGGCCUACGGUGGCCUACGAGGGGCCAUCGCCUUCUCCCUCGGCUUCCUGCUGAAAAAGGAACACUUUCCCAUGAGAGAGAUGUUCCUCACUGCCAUCAUCACCGUUAUCUUCUUCACUGUCUUUGUUCAGGGCAUGACCAUCAAACCCCUGGUGGAGCUGCUGGCAGUGAAGAAGAAACAGGAGGCCAAGCGGACGAUUAAUGAGGAAAUCCACACGCAGUUCCUCGACCACCUACUGACUGGAAUUGAGGACAUUUGUGGACACUAUGGACACCACCACUGGAAGGACAAACUGAACCGCUUCAACAAGAAAUAUGUGAAGAAGUGCCUGAUUGCAGGCGAACGCUCCAAGGAGCCACAGCUCAUCGCCUUCUACCACAAGAUGGAGUUUAAACAGGCCAUUGAGCUGGUGGAGAGCGGAGGGGGAGUCAAGAUGCCAGCUAGUGUGCCUUCCACCGUUUCCAUGCAGAACAUCCAGCCCAAGAAGCCUCCUCCUGCCAAGCCUGCAGAUAGAGCGCUGCCCAAUCUGCCUAAAGGCCGAGAGGAGGAGAUCAGGAAGAUCCUCAGGAGUAACCUUCAGAGGACACGACAGAGGCUGCGCUCCUACAACCGACACACUCUGGUGGCCGACCCAUUCGAGGACGGCUUCGGUGACUUCCUUAUCAAGAAGCAAAAGAUGGUUGAGUUGGAGAAGAAGAUAAAAGACAUGAAUAACUACCUGACGGUGCCUGCUGCUCCGCCUGACUCCCCGACCAUGUGUAGAGCCAGACUGGCCUCAGGCAGAGAAACUGAUUUCAAACCUGCUCAGCAGCAGAAAGGGAACAAAAUCUGUCCAGACCCACAAGCCUACAGCAUGAAGCCGUCGUCAGACAGCGUGCCGACCAUCCAGGUAGACCUUGCCUCUCCUCAGUCUCCAGACUCCGUCAACCUGAUGGAUGAGUUCAGACGGGCCGGCCAGAAGCAGGACGAGGAGGAGGACCGGGGCCUGAUGAUGAAGCCUCCCUCUGGACCGGGUGGACCUCACAAACCGGGCAAGGGAGAGGGAGACGGAGGCGGAGAGCCGCAGAAGCUGACGAGGUGCCUGAGCGACCCCGGUCCCAGCGCAGACGAGGAAGAGGACGAACCCUUCCUGCCUUGACGUGGCAGACUGGAUAUGGAGGAGUCAGGCUGCAUGCCCGCUUUCACCGAUUAGAGGAGAGAGGGCUGCUUCACUGCUCUGCUCUAAGACAUCUCUCAAGCCAAAACUGCUAAUGAUGUACGAAACCAGAAACAAAAAGCAAAAGGAGAUGAGAAGAAAAAAAAAGAGCCAUUUGUUUGUUAUUAUCAUUGCUCUUUAUUUUUUUUUAGACCAGAUUGGAACAGCUGCUAUCUGAGAGAUGGUGAAGAGAUCAUGUUUGACAGUCUGAGACAUUCAGGAAAGAACUAUGCAUUACCAAAGGUUUGGACUGUUUUAGUGUCAGAUAAUGUCAUUUUUACUUUAGUGUUUUUUCUUUUUUAAUGACUGCAUAGUUUGAUCAUGAAUUUUUCUGUCUUCAAAGCUACGUUCUUUGAGACAUGCUGGGCCUCUCGUUCUAAAUCUAAUCGACAAAGCUUCAUUCUUUUUCAAACAUAGCGCUUGAGUUUAAGGCGCAUGUUUUAAUCUAAUAUCUCACUUUCAUUCUGUCACUUGAAAUUGCUGGAUAUUCAAACUUUUAGAGUGUAGCUAGUUUCAAAAUAUUUUGCCUUAUUUUAUGUCAAAACUUUUCACUUGGUGCAUUUUGAUCUUUGUCUUUUUUUGAAAGACAUAUUUUUAAUUUCAGGGGUACUAACAUCAGAAUGUGUUCCAGUGUUUGUAGUCGUGCUUACAGACCUGCGGCCUCGUCCUGUCGGCUGCGGAGGGAGUUAUGUUGACUUGGGAAAUUCCUCACUGUUGCGUAAAGGACCUACAAAUGUGGAGUGAAAGCCGAGUGUUUGGGAAGCUUGUGAGACAGGCGGUGGUGAUGUAGCACAGAUGGUUUGAUGUCAGCGAUCAAUGCUUGAUUCCCCAUCAGAGUCUUCUGAAGUUAAAUCACAUGUCAUGUUUCAUCUCUGUAGAUGUUUUCUGUUUUACCUCAAUUUUAGAACACCCUUUAAAACUCACUCAAGUAGGAGUUUAGUUGUUAGUCGUAGUUGUCUCUCUUAAUAUUGAUGUAAUGAAUAAGUGCCCAUCUAACAGUCACCUUUCUCAUAUUUUAAACUUUUACACCACAUGAGCUGAUUUUAAUAUAUCAAAACAAAAUAAUCACUUUCUUUUACAUGCAUAUUUACAUUCUUCAGGCCUUUACAAGAAGCUGUUCAGCUUAUUACACGACAAGUGAAGGUCAGUCUGUACAAUCCAUCUACACCUCUUCACCCUCUUGAACUCUACUGUUAGACUGUAGGCAUGUUGUGGCAAAAAAAAAAAAGUAAUUCUAUGCAGUAUAGAUGUGUAAAAUAUGUAAAUUGAAUAUAAUAUCCUAUAUUUAUGAAUACCCUUUAAAAUGGAAGUCUCGUAAUCUUGUUAACCUAAAAUCCAUUGAGGCAAACCGCUGCAAAGCUGAAAUCAAAACACGGGCAUUACAAUAAACGGUCACAAAGAGUUUUUGCACAUCUGAGCGAGACUGCAAAAAGUUAUCCGCUGGCACGAAAACGUAGUCUUGUAUGUUGUUGAUAUCGCAAGUCAUUCUCUACUGUACUGUAUACAGUUGUACAGAUGUAAAAUACAUAGCACAUCUUUUUUACACAGCCGCUCGGUGAAAUGGAAUAUGACAUUUAGGUUGUCGUUGUGAUGAUUUGCUGUUUCAUAUCCAGCUGAACAUCUCAUGUGCCACAGCCAACAACCAGUAGAUUGUAAACACGCAAGUAAUCUUUCACCCAAGUCUAUUAUUAUUAUCACUUCACUGCAAAAAGAGAGUCGUUUCUCCAUACAGGCCAUCCAAAGAACUCACUAUGGAAAGCAAACCUUCUCUAAAGUGUGCCGAGUGAGUCACUGCUCCAGUUUUCUGGCUGUCUUCUAGGUGUUAUUGACCAUUGAAUCCUUCCUGAUCCUCUUACAUCCAGGAGGCUCACAUUACAGCAGAAGAACCUGUUCAUUUCCCUUAACUCUUCUUCCCUAAAGCAUCUGUAAAAUGGCUUGCUAUGGUUAGUAUAGCAAGGGUAAGAGGAUAUUUUUGCCUGUGCACAAAUGCACUCAUGUAAAUCCGGGUGUAUAAAUGUGCAAAUACGAGCGUGCUUGCACAGUCGUUCCUGCUUCCCAAUUUCUAAAAGGAUAACUGCAGCUGAGAGACGGAGAGGGUCAAACCUUAAAGAGUCUCAUUUCCCUGUCUCGACCAAAUUCAAUUUACUGUCUGAAAUGUCAGCGUGUGUGACGGAGUGUUGCGCCGCUGAAAAUGUCAACAAGGACGGGGUCAAAGAGAGGAGGGUUGUUUAAAACCCACGAGUGACGAGCCAAAUGACAUGCGGCACUUUUCCCCCUGUCUUCAAGCCCUCACUUUUAUGGCUGCUUAAUAUUUACAGGCAGCACUGAAUUCAUGCAUUUAUUUAUACUUCUGCAGCUACAGAAGCCCUGAGAACUGGGAAUGGUCGCUUAAUGGGACGCUGUUGGGAAUAUUCCUAUAUCAUCUCCCAGGUGCUCUUUCAUUUAACGGCAGUUUGUUGCUCAUUUAACCCUUAACUACUCUGCGGAGACUGAUAAGUAGGUUUCAGGAAGGUUACAGCGACGUAAUGAAUUUCUAAACAAGCUCCCACUAGUGAAUACAUGAAACCGUGUGAAUGCAAAGUGGGGCGUCUCUCAAAGAGGAUAUGCAUCAUGCUCUGCACAGAUGUAUUUUUCAACUUGAUCAAAUAUAAAGAAUUUAAAUCAAAAAAAAAAAAAUGAGACAUCAAAUCCCAUCAUGUUAUCCCAAAGACUUUUAAUUUCUCAAAGAGAAAAGAAACACUAUUUUCAUACUUUUUCCUUUUUCAAACCAAAUGCAUCUUUAUGGGCAAACAUUCUCACACCUCGGAGGGAAAUGUUUGGUGCAGGAAACCUUAAUCUGAAGCCAUACAGCCUACAGAAGAACCUAUUUCGUUGUAUUCAUAUGUUAUAAUGUCAUAUGUACACUUCAUGUUUGCCUUUGUUCCGCAUCGACGCACAAAACAAAUGCAAAUCUUUACAUUUAAAUCGCUUCGUGUGUUCAAGUGAAUGCUUGCUGAGCUUAAUUUCCACACUGGAUGUUUUACUACAGCGCUGUAGCAUUGUUUGCAUUGAAUGUGUUGGACUGAACUACAUCAACACAGUUGCCUCACCAGCAUUCACUUCAGCUUUAUCUUUUCAUCUGUUUGCUUUAUUAUGUGCUUUAUUUGUUUAACUGCUUUAUUGUACGAUGAUGUUUUUGGCUUAACAGGGAUAUAUAAAUCCCUUGCUUCUCUUGUCAAGUGCUUUAUCUGGAUACAUGUGCUUUACAGAUGUUUUUAAGCUUCACUGUGGGGUUUUCUUUCCAUCUCAUGUUCACCUUUUAAGUACUGUAAGAUUUGACCGGUCUAGCAGUAACGGUAACAUUGCGGAUGAACAUUUGACACUCCAAUUAUAGUAAUCGCAGUAUGACGCACACACUUACGUCAUCACCCUGGGGUGUCAUUACUACUCCACCACCCGAAAGACUGUUUCCCUCCCUCGUUUACCUCAUCGCUCUCCACCGUUUUUACACCACACCGAGCACUUUAACGAAGCUGUACCUUUAUCUUGAAACGCCGAUGUUAAAGAGAGCAAUAAGUGGCUUUAAUGUAGUGUACACAUUGUGCAUGGUUAUCAGGUGACACAUCAUAGGGAAAAGGAAUGUACUCCAUGACGGGCCUUAUAAACAGGGGUGUGUUUUAAUCCUGAAGCAGGAGAAGCUGGGCUUUUAAAGCCUAGUGAACGCCAUGCUAUGACUUGAUGAAAGAGUGGAUUACAUUUCCCUUUUAUUCAUUUUUUUUCUUUAUCUUCAUGUGUUUGAAUUUAUGAGUCGGUCAAUUACUUGCAGUUUGCAAAUUUAAAUUUUGCAAUAAUUAAGAGGUUUUUUUUAUUUUAUAUACACAUAAAUGGGAAUAUAUCUAUAUAAAAAUGUAAAAAAUAUAUGUAUUAGAAUUUUACUAUAAUGAUGUACAAAUCAGAGUCAGAGAGAUAACAAGUGUGCACUUUCUUGUUGAUUAAUCUUUAGCUUUCAGCAUUCCAUUCCUGUAAUGACCAGUAAAACUAACAACCAGAGACGUCAGAAACUAUAUACCAAAAUUAAAGUUUUACUUUAUAGCAA